AAGAAGGAAGGCCUUCAAUACAGAGUUGAAGCAUUAGCUAAAUAACGUUAUGGAAAUGACUUGAGCGUUUUGAAAUAUUAUUCUAGAAAAGUUUAGGAAAGAAUCCUUUUCAAAGUUCAAGGCAUCUUAUUUCGCACCAAUUAGGCUAUAAUGUUUAGCCAUUUCAAACGAGAAUAGUUGUUUAUAUUCAGUAGCUCAGAAACUCUUCAGUAGAUUCAGUAAACAUAUUCUGGGAAGUUCAUCAUGUAAUAGCUUUUGGGGCAUUUUAAAAUAGAGCAUCAUGAUUGGUUGAAGUCGCCCCCGAAAUCACAGGGGAGCUCACUUCCUCUUGUAGGCUACGGGAGGAGGAGGAUGAGGAGAGAGUUUGGAAUUUGAAUGUUCGAGGCGGCAGUCUCAGACCCCAAACAACUACUGUCUCAUGUCCGGAAACUCUUUCGUUGUAGUACACGGAUAAGAAAUAAAUCAUAAACCAAGAUGGAAAAUAUCAGAUCCCGUAUGAUGAUGGACAACAGCGGGAAAAGAACGCUCUACAGAGAACCAUACUGGGUUCUGGAUCAGCCUGUUCUGCAGGGGCCAUCAGCCAAGAGAGGGCGCAAGGAGAGGAGAGGACACACGGAACGUGGCGAUAGCACCGACAGAAGAGGCCCAGUGAGACCCCUCAGUCACAUCGGAACAAUGAGAAGUAGCACUGUUGGGCCAGUAGAGGGGGUCCUAACAGAGGCUCUAACACACAGAAGCUCCACAGCCCAGGUGAAGCUCGCCGUGGUCAAGACCUCCCUCCGGAACAGGAGCACAGAACCGGGGCCUGUGCAGAGGGGCGCAGAACAGUGGCCAGAGCGGGAGAAGAACCCAGAACUGUGUCACAUGAGGAGGAACCCACGACUAAGAAAGGGCACGGAACGAUGUUCUAUGAGGGAAAUUGAAGGACAUGCACCCAAGAGGAAGACCUUAGAACCCAGUUCCAUUAGGCAGAAUAUGGAACCUGUUCCGGUUAGGGGAAACGGAGAACCUGCUCUGUUUAGGAGCGCCACAGAGCCGGGGACCCUGCAGGAGAACCUAGAACCCACUCCAAAAAGGAAGAGGAAGGUCCAUCCCUCUGGCUUCAAGGGCAGAGGCCAUCUGAAACUGUCCGUCUCACCUGAGAAUGGCCGUCUCUUUGUGCACGUCUUGGAAGCCAGGGGUCUUCAGAGGAGCCGCUACAGACCAUGUGACUCAUACGUGAAGCUGGCCGUGGUGCCUGAUGCUGACCACACCAAGCGCUGGAGGACUAGAACCAUCCUGGACUGCAGGGCGCCGACCUUCAACGAAACCUUUGUGCUGGACCUGGGAGUGGAGGACCACCUCAAGAGGCUACUGGUGACCGUCUGGAACCGCAGCAGGACGUCCAGACGCAGUGACCUCUUGGGCUGCAUGAGUUUUGGAGUGCGUUCGCUCAUCACUGCACAGAAGGUGAUUGGCGGCUGGUAUUAUCUGCUGGGGGAGGAGUUGGGGCGCAGCAAACAUCUGAAGGUGGCCGCCCGGCGCAUCAAAAGACCUGCUGAACCGGCCGUCUCAAGCCAUGUGGGAGCCCACGCCGGACCAGACCCAGCCAGCGCCGAGAACAUGCAGUCCCUCAGCGUGACCGUCCUCAGAGGAAAAGAUGGCUAUGGAUUCACCAUCUGCUCAGACUCACCAGUGCGCGUCCAGGCUGUGGACCCAGGUGGCCCGGCUCAUCAGGCAGGUCUGCAGCAUCAGGACACUCUCCUGCAGCUCAACGGCCAGCCCAUAGAACACUGGAAAUGUGUGGACCUCGCCCACGCCAUCAGGAGUUGUCGUAGUGAGAUCACUAUGGUGGUGUGGCGCACAGGGCCCGUUAUGAAGCCCUACUUCGAGGGUCUCAUCCACCAGCCCUCCUACAAGACCUCCACCUAUGACACGCUCUCGCCCAUGGCCAAGAAAGUGGACAAGACGCCCCCUCUGCUGUCCAACCCCCUUGGCCAGAGGAACAGCCGCAAGAAGAAGUCCGGGGUCACAGAGGGGUCGGCGGGCAUGGAGGGGUCAGGGGGGUUCCUGGACGGAGCCUGGCCCUGGAGGGACAAGAGGGUGGAGGACAACGACUACAAGACCCGAACGACAACGCUGAAGGGAACGCGUGUGACCUCAUCAAACGGGGACAACUACAUCAUCCUCUCACCCGUCAACCCGGGCAACCAGAUAUUGCAGCCGGUGUAUUCUGACAACAAUGGCACUAUCGGAACGUUGGGGCGUAUCUACCAGACGCACCCCAGUCGUGGGAUGGCACAGAGUGGCCCGUUCAUGCCGGACGCUGCGGGCACCCUCUCCAGAGGCAAUGUCCGGCGCUCCAUGACCAGCAAGACCGUCCUGCCCUCCGUCCUGCCCUCAACUGCCCCGCCGCCCUUGACCUCGUCCUCAUACCGGCACAGCUUCGCCAACUACCAGAACUGCACCAUCGUCCAGUCGCACCUGCCGCACUCCACCUACGGAACAUACGUGGCCAUGACCCCCAAGAUCCUCAUCUUCCCCGUCUUCGUGCAGCCUCUGGACCUGUGCAGUCCUGAACACACUCUGCUUCUCUCAGAGGAGAUGAUUCUUCACGACAGCAAACACCUGUCCAUCAAGGCCACAGUCUUCAUUUACACUGACCUGAUGCUGUUGACUCGUGAGGACGAGCCUGGCCGAUGUAACGUGCUCCAAAGCCCCCUCUACCUGCAUCAGAUGAAACUGCAGGACGUUCCUGCUGACAAGAUGCGUCUCUACAUCACACACAGGACUGAGCGCCUCCUGCCCUCCGUGUUUGCCCUCUUGCCCCUCGGCCUCCCCGGGGAUGGACCGCGCCCGCGCCGAGCGCUUCCUCUUCCCCAAGACGCGAUGCCCCCUAGUGGAGAGCGACCUCUGCCAACCCCCCCUGCCCCCCCUGCCCUCCCUGUCUCUGACCCCCCCCGCAGAGGGUGGAGCGGCCCCCGGGAGGCGCUGACGCGCUGCUGUGGGAGGAGGAGGCAGGAGGAGACGGAGCAGGAGGCGCCGGUGGGGGAGCGGCAGGAGGAGGCGCAGCAGCAGCAGCAGCAGCAGGAGGAGGCGCAGCAGCAGAGGGAGCAGGGCGAGGGAGAGAGCGCCUCGGAGACAGUGAGCGUGUGUGUGCGCCCCACCUCCUCCUCCUCCUCCUCCUCCUCACCCCUCACGGCGCCCAAGCUGUGCCUGGCGCACUCCUGCAGCGGUCAGCCCCUAACGUCCCCCUCCACCGACGAGGACGAAGACGAGGAGGAGGAGGAGGAGGAGGAGGACGACAGCGAUGACGGCUACCUGACGAAGCGGUGCAGCGUGGCCGAGGCGUCUCCCGUGGCAACGCGGGGAGGUCAUGAGGAGCUGAUGACCGCUGCACACACGCUGCACCGGCGCACACACAGCGAGGGCAGUCUGCUGCUGGAGCCGCGGUCACCUCGCUUCAUCUCAAAGCCCGCCUUCAUCUCAGACCCCGCCUUCAUCUCAGACCACGCCCAGCGCUGCAGUGACCCUGCCCAUCAGCCGUCCUGGGCCCCGCCCUCUCCGAACACACUCAGGAAGCAGCUGACCUGCGGCCAGGGCUCCGCACACAUUUGCAUGCUGCUGACCGGGAGACGGGUGUGUACUGAGGUCACCUGCAGGUGUGAUAUGGGACGAGGAGGUCUCAAGAAGAAGUCCAAGAGCCUGGCCAAGGACAUGAAGAACCGGCUGACGUUUGUGCGGAAGAAGAAGAAGGACCACGAGAGACGCAGUCGUGCGAGGAAGAUGGACAAGAUGCUCAAGUCUGCCCGGCCACCUGCAGAAGAAGCCCUCCAAUGGGGCGAGUCCUUCGACCAGCUGCUGGCUCACAAAUAUGGAGUUGCGGUGUUCCGUGCCUUCCUACAGACGGAGUUCAGUGAAGAGAACCUGGACUUCUGGCUCUGCUGUGAGGACUUCAAGCAGAUCAAGUCUCAGUCCAAGCUGGUCUCCCACGCCAACAAGAUCUUCGCUGAGCACAUCUCCAUACAGGCCUGCAAGGAGGUGAAUCUGGACUCGUUCACACGGGAGCAGACGCGGGAGAACUUGGAGAAUGUGACGGUGUCCUGCUUUGACCUGGCGCAGUUGCGCAUCUACGGCCUGAUGGAGCGCGACUCCUAUCCUCGCUUCCUCCGCUCUGACCUCUACAUGGAGCUGACCAAUCAGAUGAGACCGAGCUCCAUGCCCGACCUAUCCUGAGCCUGUCCUCGCAUUGACCCCAAGCAUCACGGUGCCACCUUCACUACGCUCCACAACAUCUGGACGGGACUGCAGGGGUGUGUGUGUGUGUGUGUGUGUGUGUGUGUGUGUGUGUGUGUAGCAGCAGGCCAGGCUGUUGACGUGGGAAUCCUGAGUUGCAGGCAAACAUGAGCAAGUGCUGCUGCUGCUGCUGCUGCCAAUCUGUUUUUAGUCCACAGUGCCCCCCUGUGGCCCGGAGUACUGAUCAGGGAGAGACUCAGGCAGCAGGCUAACAGGAGGAGCCCGGAGGUGACAGGAGCCAGCGGAGGGAGAGGAAGGAGGAGUGGAGGAGGAGUGGCUGUUGGGAUGGCGUCUGUCAGAGUGACGCAGAGAGAGUCAAGGUCAUGUCGAGUCAAGGUUAUGUCGAAUCAGUGAGGGGGCAGGUGAGGUACUGUUUUUGGGAAGUCUGUCCGAUGUUUUGGCAAAUGGAGUUUAUUUUUGGUACAAUGAAUUACCCAGAAUUCCCAGCGACCCCCAUCAUCACCGUCCAGUCUGACUGAAGGGGUUGGUGACAUCUGUGUCCUCUCUGCGAGGCUCCGACUAAGGUUCUGACUAAGGUUCUGACUAAGGUUCUUUGGGUUCAAGCCUACGUGCAGCUGACCCUCUGAUCAUGCGCAGAUGAAAUGAGUUAUCUGCACUGGAUUGGAUGGGAAGUUAGUUCUCUUUACAUAGUCAUGGUUCUUUACGUAUAUCACACAGAAAAGCUGGUUAUUUCUUGCACACACUAAAAGUGGAGGGCAGAAAUGUUUUUAUUUGUUUUCUUUUUAAUAUAUUUUAACUUUUUUGUAUUUCGAUAUUAUAUUUUAAUAUUUUCACCCAAAUCUCGCCCUGUCCUGGUUCUGUUGUAUCUUUGCUGGAUCUUAGUGUUGGCUGUCCACUGGCUCUGAUCCGCCUCAAAAACACACAGGGUCAUCUUCAGCAUCAUCCUCAUCCUCAUCCUCAGCUUCAUCGUCAUAUCAAGUGCAAUACAGACGUUGUUAUUCACGAACAUGUACAGAGAGGGUUUAGAGAAGCAUAUGGCACAUGGGCGCUACUAAUGACUAAUGUAAACAGUCUCCCCAGAGGGAGCAGGACACACUACAGGAUCUAUAGGGGCAGCACUAACUGACCCAUUUCUAAUGUAAAUAUAUAGUGGGAACACACAUGCAUAGACUAACAGCUGUUUUGAGUCUAGCUGCAUCAGGUUUGUGUAGGAUGGAGGAUUUGACCCAGCCAAUGGGUUGUGUAUCUGACCCAGCCAAUGGGUUGUGCUCCAGGACAAGCACAAUAUAGACCCUUUCAACUAGAUAAACAGACGUGCGUUCCUAUAAAAAACAACAUUAAGCUAAUGGUAACUUGAGAAAAAAAAUAAUAAUAUGUUUUUAAAGUCAACAUUGUAUAGGGCAAUACGUUUAAGUCCAAUUUAUUUUCAUUUCAAAGUGUCUGCGCUGGUUUUGAGCGUUUCCACCUGAAACCCUCUGAAAAGGUUGAAAGGGUCUAUAGUGGCGGUGUUGUUUGGGCCUGUUCACGGUUGUUUUUAGAAUGCGUAUUGGUGAUCCAGUCAAAAGUGGUUAGCCGAGAUGUUGCUGACUGCUUGUGUUUAGAUCCCACUUUUGCCAACGUCACAUUCAUUAGAACUCCCAUUGUCCAAGACGCAUCAGAACGUUAGCGUUUACAAUACAAAAGAUAUGUGGUCAAAGGCAUCAGAAUGUUAGCGUUUACACUAUAAAACAUAUGUUGUCAAAGGCAUCAGAACGUUAGCGUUUACACUAUAAAACAUAUGUUGUCAAAGGCAUCAGAACGUUAGCGUUUACACUAUAAAACAUAUGUUGUCAAAGGCAUCAGAACGUUAGCGUUUACACUAUAAAACAUAUGUU